CUCGACCCAAAACGUCACCCAUUCCUGCUCUCCAGAGAUGCUGCCUGUCCCGCUGAGUUACUCCAGCAUUUUGUGUCUCUCUUGACUUCCUCAAGUCGGACUACACUGUGAAUGGAGUAGGACUCUUACCUCGGGCACUGCAGAGGGAAUCUGCUCUGAAGAUUAUUCAGUCAUGUAUUCAGGCACUGCUUGUAUUUUGUUUAAUCAUAAUGCAAAAGCAACUUCUCUUGAAUAAAAUCAUCCCCCUCGGGAAGACUUGUUUUCUAACCGAUUAUCAGCAGCAGCCUGGGCUGUCAACAACAGGUACUGUUGCCCCGCCUCUGCCGGUUAACACGAAGGAUUAUUCGCGUUAAUCCCCCAUCACGCGCUCGUCAGGCAAGAAAUCCGACCCCAGUCCGAAAAUAUUUGUUCGCGGAACCACUGAAAUGUUUAUUGUUGCGAACCUUUGAACCCUGCUGGUGAAAGGGCGGUGGCCGGGCGUUCGGAGGGAACGGGUCAGCAGAAGAAGGCGGGAGAGCAGGUGACGGAGAGUUGGAGGAGGUGACAGGCGGCAUCGGCUCCUCGACCUGAAGUGGCAACAUGUUCACAGACGACCAGGCUGCGCGGUUUCAGGAGUUUGGUUUUGUUGUUGUUGAAGGCUUUUUCACAGUGGAGGAAUGCGAUUCACUGAGAGCACGGAUCUCUGAGAUUAUCGAUGAGAUGGAUGUCCCUCAACACCUGCUGACAGAAUUCUCAACUCAAGAAAAGGAGCAGACUGAAGCACAGGGAAACACAGAUUACUUUCUAAGUAGUGGGGACAAAAUUCGAUUCUUCUUUGAAAAAGGAGUGUUUGACAGCAAAGGUGACUUUCUUUUGCCAAAAGAAAAAUCCUUGAAUAAAAUUGGACAUGCACUUCAUGCCAGGGAACCUGCAUUCAAAAAUCUCACGUUUUCACCUAAAGUGAAGGAAGUGGCCCUGAAGUUAGAUCUAAAGGAACCUGUCAUUGUGCAGAGCAUGUACAUCUUUAAGCAACCAGGAAUUGGUGGAGAAGUGACCCCACAUCAAGAUGCCACUUUCUUGUACACUGAACCUCUUGGGAGCAUCACAGGUUUUUGGAUUGCAAUCGAGGAUUCAACUGAGGAGAAUGGCUGCCUGUGGUUCAUCCCUGGCUCUCACAAAGCUGGCAUUACACGGAGAAUGUUGCGAAGCCCAAAAGGAGAGCAUCCUCUGAUCAAAUUUAUGGGACAGGAACGUAAUUAUCCAGAUGAUGAAUUCAUCUCUGUUCCAGUAAAGAAAGGUGGUCUUAUCCUAAUUCAUGGACAGGUUGUGCACAAAAGUGCUUUAAACACAUCAGAUAAAUCGCGCCAUGCCUAUACUUUCCACAUCAUGGAAUCCCGAGAUGGUCACUGGAGUGAGGAGAACUGGUUGCAGCCCACUCCGGAACUCCCGUUCUCACCUCUUUACACUUAAACUAUAUUUUAGCAACUGGGACUGGAGGAAGAACUGAGGUGAAUGGUGAAAUCUCCUGUCUUGUUUAUUGCAAAAUAUAAUAUUUUUAAUUGUUAUUCCAUAUGAAACAUGAACAGCUUUUGAUGGGAGCGCUUUUACUAAAUGUUUUCCUGCAGUAUUGCUUACAGAUAAUUGUGAAAUAAAUUAAGUUUCUGGGAUUGCUUUCUUCCGUGGUUUCAUUCCUUCUGUUUUCUUCUCUUAGAGUUAUAGAGUAAUACAACGUGGAAACAGGCCCUUCGGCCCAACUCGCCCACACCGGCCAACAAUGUCCCAGCUACCUUAGCUACCACUUGCCUGCGCUAGGUCCAUAACCCUCCAAACCUGUCCUAUCCAUGUACCUGUCCAACUGUUUCUUAAACAAUGGGAUAGUCCCAGCUUCAACCACCUCAUCUGGCUGUUUGUUCCAUACACCCUUGUGGAAAAUGUUACCCCUCGGAUUGUUAUUAAAUCUUUUCCCCUUCACCUUGAAGCUAUGUCCUCUGGUCCUCGAUUCCCCUACUCUGAGUCAAAGACUCCGUGCAUCUACCCAAUCUAUUCCUCUCAUGAUUUUAUAUACCUCUAUAAUAACCCCCUCAUCCUCCUACGCUCCAUGGAAUAGAGACCCAGCCUACUCAACCUCUCCCUGUAGCUCACACCCUCUAGUCCUGGCAACAUCCUCGUAACUCUUUUCUGAACCCUUUCAAGCUUGACAAUAUCUUUCCUAUAACAUGGUGCCCAGAACUGAACACAAUAUUCCAAAUACAAUCCAAGCAACGUCUUAUACAACUGCAACAUGACCUCCCAACUUCUAUACUCAAUACUUUGACUAAUGAAGGCCAAAGAGCCAAAAACCUUUUUGACCACCUUAUCUACCUGCGACUCGACCUUCAUGGAACAAUGCACUUGUACUCCUAGGCCUCUGCUCUACAACACAACCCAGAGGCCUACCAUUUAUUGAGUAGGUCCUGCCCUUGUUCAACAUCCCUAAAUGCAACACAUCACAUUUCUCUGUAUUAAAUUCCAUCAAACAUUCCUCCGACCACCUGAACAAUCGAUCCAGAUCCUGCUGCAAUUGUUCACAACUAUCUUCACUAUCUGCAAAACCACUAACUUUUGUAUCAUCUGGGAUGAUUAAGGGGUUGGACAGGAUAGAUGCAGGAAGAUUAUUCCCGAUGUUGGGGAAGUCCAGAACUAGGGGUCACAGUUUAAGGAUAAGAGGGAAGUCUUUUAGGACCGAGAUGAGAAAAUCAUUUUUUACACAGAAAGUGGUGAAUCUGUGGAAUUCUCUGCCACAGAAGGUAGUUGAGGCCAGUUCAUUGGCUAUAUUUAAGAGGGAGUUAGAUGUGGCCCUUGUGGCUAAAGGGAUCAGGGGGUAUGGAGAGAAGGCAGGGAUGGGAUAGUGAGUUGGAUGAUCAGCCAUGAUCAUAUUGAAUGGCGGUGCAGGCUCGAAGGGCCGAAUGGUCUACUCCUGCACCUACUUUCUAUGUUUCUAUCAGCAAACUUGCUAAUCUUGCCCUAUAUGUUGUCAUCCAAAUCAUUGAUGUAGAUGACAAACAGUAACAGGCCCAGCACUGAACCCUGUGGCACACCACUAGUCACAGGCCUCCAUUCUGAGAAGCAACCUUCCACCAUCACCCCCUGCUUCCUUCCAUGGAGCCAAUUUGCUAUCCAUUCGGCUAUCUCUCCUUGGAUCCAAUUGAUAAGGCUGAAUGAUGUUUAAAAUAUAAGAAAAUAUUAAAUGGAUUCCUGGGCUAGAUUACACUUACAUUUAGUCUCAAAGCAGGCUUUUCUCCAGUAGGUUGAUACAGAAAGGCAAGCCCAAUCUUGCCUCGGGUUGCUGUGUAUUGAGACAAUGACUGAUGACUUUGAAAUGCAUCUACCGAUUGAUGAGAGAGGAAGCCCAGAUGAAUCCCAGUAUGGGGUAUUUAGACAAUGUCCGAUGCCUUUGAGGUAUGCAGUGACUGAUGACAUUGAUAUGCAAGUGCCUUGUACCAAUGUCCGAUGCUUUUGAUAUGUAAGCGCCUUGUACCAAUGUCCGAUGCCUUUGAUAUGCAAAUGCCUUGUACCACAUGACAGGGUGCCUUUGAUGCGACUGAUGAUUGACAAGAGACAAAUGCAUCCUGUAGUAAUGUGUAUUUACUGUACCUCUGACCAUGACUGAUGUCUUUUGAAUGUGCUUAGGUGACAAAAGAACAGUACAAAAUACCAUGUAAUUCUGUGUUCAGGGAAGUGGACUGAGGACAGCCAAGUGUCUGUGUUGCUCACUUGCCUGGGGUUUUCCUUGCCACUUCCAUCGGCCGAUAAUUAAUAAAGUUUUGAAUUGGCCUACCAAA